AUGCAAGUUCUUCUUCUCGGCGGUCACGGCAAAAUUGCCCUUCACCUGACACCACUUCUCCUCAAUCGCGCCUGGAACGUGACCAGCGUGGUGCGGAACCCCGACCAUGAGAGCGAGAUCCUCGAACUCGGCAAGGGUCGCCAGGGCAAGCUGAAUGUUCUAGUCACAAGCCUAGAAGACGUCAAGGCUGCCUCGGAUGCCCAGAAGAUCCUCGACCGAGUAACCCCCGACUAUGUGGUUUGGGCGGCUGUUUGCAAUGUGCUAAUCAACAUGCUCAAUUCCAACAGGCGCCGGCGGCAAGGGGGACCAGCCAGCACCAUCGCGAUCGAUCAAGAAGCCGCGAAGCACUUCAUGACCGCUUCUUUCGCCUCACCCAGCGUAACCAAAUUCCUCAUGAUAUCCUACCUGGGUAGCCGCAAGAAGCAGCCUCACUGGAUCACGGAUGAGCAGUGGCAGGGUAUCAUCCGCCUCAACACCGAGAUUCUCCCUACCUACGCCAAGGCCAAGCAGGAGGCCGAUGAGUACAUGACUGCACUGGCCGCGCGCCGCAAGCAGAGCGGUGGAGGCCCUUUCCAGGCCAUUAAUCUGCGCCCUGGUACCUUGACUGAUGAACCUGCCUCGGGCAAGGUCGAGCUUGGUAUCACGCCUGGCCGUGGCACUGUUGCUCGAGAGGAUGUGGCGAUCGUUGCGGAUCAGUUGCUUGCACGUGAGGAUACGGAAGGCUGGAUUGAUCUGGUGAACGGGAACAAGCCCGUUAAGGAGGCGGUAGAGAAGGUUGCUACUGAGAAGAUCGAUGCUAUUGAGGGUGAGGAUGUUGAGGGCAUGGUGAAGAGAUUCUUUCCCUAG